AUGGAGGUAUCGGAGAGCGAAGAGGAGGAGGAGGAGGCGACGAAGAAGGGCACGAAGAGGAAGAGAGCCCCUCCCACGAAGGGGCCAUGCGAGCACGGGGUAAAGAGGAGGUCGAGUUGCAAGGUGUGCAGCGCUUGUCCGCACGGGAAGAGGCGCAGAGAUUGCAAGGAGUGCGGCGGGUCUGGAAUCUGCGUGCACGGUCGCCGGCGCUUUCGGUGCAAGGAGUGCGGCGGGUCUGGAAUCUGCGUGCACGCUCGUCACCGCUCUUCGUGCAAGGAGUGCGGUGGGGGUGCAAUCUGCGAGCACGGUCGCCGGCGCUCUCGCUGCAAGGAGUGCGGUGGGGGUGCAAUCUGCGAGCACGGUCGUCAGCGCUCUCAAUGCAAGGAGUGCGGCGGGUCUCAAAUCUGCGAGCACGGUCGUAUGCGCUCUUACUGCAAGGAGUGCGGCGGGUCUCAAAUCUGCGAGCACGAUCGUAUUCGCUCUCAAUGCAAGGAGUGCGGCGGGGGCUCAAUCUGCGUGCACGGUCGUCGGCGCUCCACGUGCAAGGAGUGCAAGAAAUAG